AUGCAUUCCAGAGAAAUUAGCCCUCUGGGACCAGUACUGUUUUAUCUAAAUAGCCAAUCCUUUACGAUCCAUGGCCUUUGGCCCACCGUCAAGACGACUAAGAAAUACGGAGCCUUCGACUUGAGCAUCAUCGAAGCUAAUCAAACUCUGUAUGCUGACAUGCAAAACUUUUGGCCGCCUCAAAGCUUGCCAAACCAUACACCAACAAACCUGUGGGCGCAUGAAUGGGGCAAGCACGGAGGUGAUUACGCUGAGCUUUUGCUUCGUGUCCGACCAGAUGAGUUUAAGGGACUUUCCGGAGAUAAGCUGAACAAAGCCCUUCAGUUCGCCUUCUUCCGCGAUACCAUAGCCUUCUACAAGAGCUUCCGCGCUACCUACAGAUACCCCAGCUCUCAAUUGACCAAGGACAGUUUCGCCCAUCUUUUUGGAAUUCAAGCUGACCAGGUAACCUUCAGCUGUGUGAGAGGUUUCACCGUGAGAGAAGUUAAGAUUUGCUUCGACCUGAACAAAGUUGGAUUCACAGUGAAGAGAUGCCCGAAACAAGAAAAUACUGGCUGCAAGAAGGGUACUAACUUUGAGCUCCCAGGCUGGAGAUAA